ACCCGGACACUUCACGACUCGCUUACCGCUCUUCUGUGAAAAUCACGCUUCUGGUGACAUCUCCGCUGGCAAAAGUACGACCACCUACCUCAUCAGUUAUGACCUGCUUCCUCCGUGCCCUCCAACCGAUGAGGCCUCGCAUCACCAUAUCUAUCAUCGCUCCGAACCAUGCCCUCGAUCAAGAGCUGCUCACGCUGGACCUCCCUCCCGGCUUGUCUGUCGGUGAUCUCAAAGGCUUCGUCAACGCCGAGACAAGCAUACCGCAAGCCUCUCAACAAUUCUUCCUCAACAACCAGACCAUUCAAGGCGACGAUAAGACUUUAGAGGAGGUGGGAAUACAGGAUGGUGACAUGAUUGCUAUGCUCAUGCGUCAGGAACAAACAAAUCAGAACAGCAUGGGGACACAACGGCGCGCUCAGCCGCAGCAGCAGCAGCAGCGGAGAGGGCUAGGCUCGAAUGUGCAGGAGAUCGAAACCACACGGUUGAGCAUUCUAGGAAGUCCGGCAGCCAUGGCACAAGUGAGGGAGCAGCGUCCUGCAUUGGCAGAAGCUAUCAACGACAGCAAUCGCUUUCGUGAUGUUUGGUUGGAGAUGAAUCGCGAAGAUGAGAACAGGGAGAGGGAGAGACUGGAGCAAAUGCGGUUGUUGAACGAGGAUCCAUUC